GUGGAGCUCAUCGGGUCGCUCCUCGCCAUCUGCUGCAUGAUUUUCCUGGGCUUUGCGGAUGACGUUCUGAACCUGCGCUGGCGCCACAAGCUCCUUCUUCCUACCAUGGCUUCCCUCCCGCUGCUCAUGGUUUACUUCACCAACUUUGGGAACACAACCAUUGUGGUGCCUAAGCCCUUCCGGGUGCUGCUGGGCAUGCACUUGGACCUGGGUAUCCUCUACUACGUGUACAUGGGCAUGCUGGCAGUGUUCUGCACGAACGCCAUCAACAUUCUCGCUGGAAUUAAUGGAAUUGAAGCAGGGCAGUCUCUGGUGAUAGCUGCUUCCAUUAUCGUGUUCAACAUCGUAGAGUUAAACGGGGAUUAUCGAGAAGAUCACAUUUUUUCUCUCUACUUCAUGAUUCCCUUUUUUUUUACCACACUGGGGCUGUUUUACCACAACUGGUAUCCAUCUCGAGUGUUUGUUGGGGACACCUUCUGCUACUUUGCCGGCAUGACCUUCGCCGUGGUGGGGAUCUUGGGGCACUUUAGCAAAACAAUGCUGCUUUUUUUCAUCCCGCAAGUGCUCAACUUCCUCUACUCAUUGCCUCAACUCUUCCACGUCAUUCCUUGUCCCCGUCACCGGCUGCCAAGGCUCAAUCCUACUACAGGGAAGUUGGAGAUGAGCUACUCCAAAUUCAAAACUAAGAGCCUCUCUGCCCUGGGAACAAGCAUUCUGAAGGCAGUCAAGAUCUUGCACAUAGUAGACGUGAGGAGCGGAACGGAUGAAGAUGGCGAAUACACCGAGUGCAAUAAUAUGACGCUUAUUAACUUUGUUAUAAAGCUGAUUGGACCCACCCACGAGCGAAAUCUCACUCUCCUGUUGCUACUCAUUCAGGUCCUGGGCAGCACGGUUGCAUUUUCAAUCCGGUACCAACUAGUGCGCUUGUUUUAUGAUGUCUGA